UGAUCAUCUUGAUUCUUCUUCGCCAUGCCUAGUAUAAAUACCAAGGCAAGAGAUCUCAAAGAUAACCAUAUUCUCACCAAGUUUCUCCAUCAAAGAGAGAUCAUCCACACACAUAAACCCCUUUUAAGAAAAAUCACUUCAAUCCCUAGCUAACUUAAAAAAAUUUUCACCCCACCGAAAAAUUAAUCAAUAUGGAGUGCGUAGCGAAAUUGGCGUCACAAAAGGCGGUGGUGAUCUUCAGUAAGAGUUCAUGUUCAAUGUGCCAUGCAAUAAAGAGGCUGUUUUACGAGCAAGGAGUGAGCCCUAUGAUUUGUGAACUUGAUCAAGUCCCGAAUGGCAAAGAAAUGGAAUGGUCUCUGAUCAGACUUGGGUGUAACCCUAGCGUGCCGGCGGUUUUCAUCGGAGGAAGAUUUAUAGGGUCAGCUAGCACUGUCAUGACCCUUCAGAUAAAUGGUACCCUAAAGAAGCUCCUCAAAGAUGCUGGAGCACUGUGGCUUUGAUACAUAUGAUAUAUGCCUUAUAGUUCUCUUAAAUUUUGUAUACUUAAUUUUUAUUAGGGUAUGCAAAUCCUCCUAAGCUCAAAUUCUGAGAUAUUUACUUGAAUACAUGUAGUAGUUUUGUUCAAAUGGUUAACAAAAGCAAGUGCAUAUUGUGCAUGUGUAUGCAUUAUAAACUUCAAAUGUGUAAC